GCCUGGUUUCACUAUCUUUGGAAAGUAAAACUGAGCUUAGAAUAGAAGAACAUUAACAGGUGCCCACACCCUAUCUGCCCUCAGUCAGACAGUUUCUCCGAGGCUACACGAUGGAUUCUUAUCACAACCAAAGACACACAAGGAACUCCGGGGGAAACAACAACACUGGACACCCGAGAGGCAGCGCAUCAGAUGCGUAUGGACAGGAUGAAACUCUUCCGAAUCCAAAUGUUCAGGGAAAUCCACAAGUGGCAGCCAGACAGCCGCGGUACUCAGAUGGAUACACCAUGAUUCCACCAAAUGAAUCUAAGCGGAGCGAGAUAAAAACAAUGGCUCAAAAAGAAGAGGAGGCUCUUAACAGAUGGAAAGAGACACAGAGAGUCUCCUCUGUGCACCUGAAUCCAGAGAGGCUUGGUGGUGAUGUCACAUUGGUUGAAGUCAGGCAAAGACAGCAAACAGAGUUAUAUUCCACGAAGCUGCAGAAGAAGAUUAAAAAAGCAGAGGAUGACAAGAGGAGGAAGCAGGAAGAGGAGGAGAAGUUGCAGGAGAAGAAAAACAUACAGAGGAAGAAGGCUGAGCUCCUAGAUGAGAGGAAGCACCGGGAGUAUCAGAGGAGGAGGGAGGAGCUCGAGCCGGAUCGCCUCAGAACACAGGAGAGUUUUCUUCAGAUGUUGGAAAGGACAGCUCCAAAUUCAUCAGCCUCCAUCUCUGCCAUGCAGACGUCAUCCAGGAGCACAGAUGUGGAGAGCAAACAGACAAAGGAACCAAAAAGUCUGAGAGAAGUGCAGCUGGAACACAAGAGGGUGAAUGCGGCCUUUUUGGACAAACUCGAGCAUCAAGGCAGAGGGAGCGAGACAGAGCCAAAAAUCGGAAGUGCUCAGGAGGCAGAAUGCUCCCAUUUGGCUGCUGAAGAUUUUAGACAACAGGCGACAACUGGACAAGUUCCCUUGUCACACCUGAAACCAGAUCCAGAACAGAGCUGCUCUGGCUCGACACAAGAAGCCGACCCAGAGGCUGAGUAUGACUGGGCCCUGAUGAAACUCAUCAACAGGUUUCCAGACUGCAACAAAAGCUUCCUAGAGGACAUCCUUAUGCAGUGUAACAAGGAUUAUGAGGAGGCAUACACACUACUUAUCAGCACAUUCAGUUAAACUUUAUGUAUUGUUAACUCUUUCUCCAUAAAGAAAACAUUUGCCAACAACUUUCCAUGGUGGAAAGAUUUAAUGGAGGUGCUGUUUGUCCUUAAUAUUCUGUCUGACAUUUUAUGACAUGGAACAUAUUUACUCAGUGUGCAGAUGGUAGAGAAUUGGGAAAGACAAGUUAUCUACAUUGAUGUUGGAUGAGGAUCCAAAGCAGAGCUGUCUACAAUGCAUUAGACUGCAUUAAAACAUACCUACAGAGCAGUAUGUCCUCCUCAGGAUCUGUUUUUGAUUACUAUUAAUCAUUGAGUGUUUGGUGUCAUGUAUCUGUCUGCUUUCAGUAGUGAGUCAUGUUGAGGUUUUGUCUUGACAUUGAGUAGAAUUGAUGCUUCUUUUUACCAAUUGGGUUGAAGGUCAUCGCAAUGACUCAGAAUCUUAAGAUCAUAUUUGGAGCUCUUGAUUAAAUCAGUGUGUGCGAAUGGAAGAAAGCUCUACCAACAUACAUGAUGCUUUUUGUUUGUUUUCUAAUCAAAGCCAUGUGCGGUGCAUCUAUAGCAGGAUAACGGCAUCUAAGCCAGUGCUGUCAGAAUAUGUCACUUUUGGCUUUUGGAAAUUGUUCUACCAGGUUGUGCCAAUUGGGACAAAACCAUUCUAACUGACACACAUCAAAAACUUACAUUUUUUCCAAGGAAGUUAAUUUAUUUUUUUCCAAAGCCUAGAGUUAUGGACUGGGUUUACUUUUCAUUGUCAGGGAUGACUUAGACUUCACAUGGUUAAGGCUUUUUGUAGAAAGGCCUUUUAUUAUUGGUUUGUGUUCAGAGUCAGAUUCAGAGUCUAGUUGUAUGCAUGAAAAUGCCUUUUGGUUGACUCUGUUCUUCGCUGUUUACAUUCAUGUGUUGUAGCAAUUUCAGCCCUUUCCUUCUCAACAGUGUGUUAUAUCAGACUGUGCACAGCAGUGGGCAUCAAGCUGCUGCUGGGGCACAAAAAGUCAUCCUCAUAACAUCCAUGAGCUGGACAGCACAGAUGUUAUCACCUGAUGGAGGCAACAAAGAACAGAGGGUGGUGCUCUCAACAUGAGGGGCUGAAAAUCCCCUUUUACUAAAACAUGAAGUCAUGAUGAGUGCUAGAGUGUUGAUGUCAUCGAGCAAAUGUCUUCCCUUUGGAGAACACCAAGAAAUCAAAGAUCACUGUAGUAGUUCUGCACUUAGCCAUAGAAAGGUAGAAAGAUGUUGGUCGUGCAUUAAAAUUUCCAGAAAAUAUGUGUAUUGUGUGGUAUACCCCUAAAU